AUGCUCCGGCAUACUCUGGCUCGUUCGGCUUGGCGGACUGGCCGGCAGGCCGCCAAUGCCUCGCGCACCUUUGCCUCCACCACCCAGCGAAAUGCCGAAGUCGAGCUCACAAUUGAUGGCAAGAAGGUUUCGAUAGAAGCUGGCUCUGCUCUCAUCCAAGCCUGCGAAAAGGCUGAUAUUGUUACCAUGAGUACGAUCGAUCCCGUUGCCUACCGAACCCCGAAGCUCAUGAUUGCCGGAAACUGCCGUAUGUGCUUGGUCGAAGUCGAGAAGGCCCCGAAGCCCGUUGCGUCGUGCGCCUGGCCCGUCCAGCCUGGCAUGGUCGUCAAGACCAACUCGCCUCUCACCCACAAGGCUCGCGAGGGUGUCAUGGAGUUCCUUCUGGCCAACCACCCCCUCGACUGCCCCGUCUGCGACCAGGGCGGCGAGUGUGAUCUUCAGGACCAGUCUAUGCGAUACGGUGGCGACAGGGGCCGCUUCCACGAGAUUGGCGGCAAGCGUGCUGUCGAGGACAAGAACAUUGGCCCUCUCAUCAAGACGUCCAUGAACAGGUGCAUUCACUGCACGCGUUGCGUCCGAUUCGCCAACGACAUCGCCGGUGCUCCCGAGCUUGGCUCGAUCGGCCGUGGCAACGAUCUGCAGAUUGGUACCUACCUCGAGCAGAGCCUGAACACCGAACUGUCCGGCAACGUGAUCGACCUGUGCCCCGUCGGUGCCCUGACUUCCAAGCCUUACGCUUUCCGCGCGAGGCCGUGGGAGCUGAAGCACUCCGAAUCCAUCGACGUUCUCGAUGCUCUCGGUUCCAACAUUCGCGUUGACUCUAGGGGACUGGAGGUCAUGCGUAUCCUGCCUAGGCUCAACGACGACGUCAACGAGGAGUGGAUCAACGACAAGACCCGAUUCGCCUGCGACGGCCUCAAGACCCAGCGACUUACCAUGCCCCUCGUUCGCCGCAACGGCAAGUUCGAGCCCGCCGACUGGGAGCAGGCCCUCACCGAGAUUGGCCGCGCCUACCAGACCCUCCAGCCCAAGGCCAACGAGUUCAAGGCCAUUGCCGGUGAGCUGACCGAGGUCGAGUCCCUCGUUCCCAUCUCCCACGGUGUUGACGUUCGCUCCAACUACCUCUUCAACUCGCAAAUUGCCGGUAUCGAGGUGGCUGACGCCAUCCUCAUUGUCGGCAGCAACCCCAGGCACGAGGCCGCUGUCCUGAACGCCCGCAUCAGGAAGCAGUGGCUGCGCUCCGACCUCGAGAUUGGCGUUCUCCAGGCUGCCAAGAACCCCAUGAUCAUCGUCGGCUCUGGCGUCACCGACCACGCUGACGCCAAGGCCUUCUACGAGACCGUCGGCACCUUUGUCGAUAAGAACGCCGCCAACUUCAUCACCCCCGAGUGGAACGGCUACAACGUUCUGCAGCGUGCCGCCUCGAGGGCUGGUGCUUUUGAGGUUGGUUUCGUCACCCCCUCGGCCGAGGUUGCUGCGACCAAGCCCAAGUUCGUCUGGCUCCUUGGUGCCGAUGAGUUCGACGCUGCCGACAUUCCCAAGGACGCCUUUGUCGUGUACCAGGGCCACCACGGUGACCGCGGUGCCGAGAUCGCCGAUAUUGUUCUGCCCGGCGCCGCCUACACCGAGAAGGCUGGCACCUACAUCAACACCGAGGGCCGUGUUCAGAUGACCCGUGCCGCCACCUCGCUCCCCGGUGCCUCCAGGACAGAUUGGAAGAUCCUCCGUGCCGCCUCUGAGUUCCUCGGCGUCCCCCUGACGUAUGACGACGUGUCCCAGGUCCGUGACCGCAUGGCCGAGAUCAGCCCUGCGCUGGCCGCCUAUGAUGUCGUGGAGCCCGUCUCUCUGCAGCAGCUCAGCAAGGUGCAGCUGGUAGACCAGAACAAGGGCGCCAAGCCCACCGGUGCCCCUCUCAAGAAGGUCAUCGACAACUUUUACUUCACAGACGUCAUCUCGAGGAGCUCACCAACGAUGGCCCGUGUUUCGGCUUCCAAGGCCACCGGCGACCCGAGGACCAACUUUAUGGCGCCCGGCAUGGAGGAGGACAGGCCGAUGGGCCAGGUUGCGUACGGAGCGUAA